AACUAUUUUUGGCGCGAGAAUUCGAGCGUAACAAUGGCGGCUGAAGCGAAUGUCCGUGUCGCUGUAGCAGUGAGACCGUUAAGCGAGAACGAACAGGAAAAUGGCGACGAAUGUGUGGUAUGGACGCAAAACGACGAAAUUCGGGUGCUCAAUCCAGAUAGUGGCCAUGAGAAACUAUUUAAAUUUGAUUAUACGUUUUGUAAUUUGCCGACAGAGCUCGCCGAACCACAGGAGAAGAUUUUGGAAGAUGUUGGCGAGUUUCUUCUUUCGUCCUGUUUUAAUGGCUAUAACACUUGUGUGUUCAGCUAUGGAGCAUGUGGAAGUGGUAAAAGUUUCAUUAUGUACGGCUCUGAUAAAGUUCAAGGCCUUACUCCUUGGAUUUGCCAAAGUCUUUUCAAAAGAGCCUCAGAUUAUAAAGAUGACACUUCAUUUAGGGCAGAAGUAAGUUUUCUUGAAAUACACAAAGAAUUUGUGAAGGAUUUGUUGGGGAGAAGAAGAAACUGGCAAGACUCUUUAAGAGUGCGAGAACACCGUGAACUGGGAGUUUAUGUUGACAAGUUGACUAAACACAUAGUCUCAGAUGUUAGUGAAGCAUUGGGGCUAAUUGAUAAAGGAAAGAAAAACAGGUCAAUAUGUUCAAGGUCUUCUAACUCCUUUGCUAGUGGUUCUCAUACAAUUUUCACCUUAAGGUUUACGCAGGCUCGUUUAGAAGAUGGCUUGCCCUGUGAAAUGGUCAGUGUGAUUCAACUUGUUGAUUUAGCUGGCAGUAAGAGCAUACAUGAUGAGUGCACUGAUAACUGCUCUACUGCUGCUGAUGUUGACAAGUCUCUAAUGACCCUGGAAAGAGUGAUGUCAUCAUUAGCAUGCCCAGACUCAGAGUCUUCUAACAGUGCUACUGUCCCAUACAAGGAUUCAGCUCUGACAUGGAUUUUAAAAGACUGUUUUGGUGGAAAUUGCCAAACUGUCAUGGUAGCAGCCGUGUCUCCAGCAGCUUCGUCCCAUAAUGAGACUCUUAAUACCUUGCGAUUUGCCAACCAGGCCAAGAAUAUCAUGAACGUACCAAAAGUGAACGAGGAUGCGAAUGUUAAAUUGAUUAAAGAACUCCAGUUCGAAAUACAGACUCUGAAGACCAGGUUGAAGAGUGGCAAUGUACCCAGUUCUUUGGGGGUUGAUAAGGCCGAGAAAAAACUGCAAGAAAAUGAAGAUCUCAUGAAGCGACUGACGGGAAUUUGGGAGGACAAGUGGAGUAAGACUCAAAAACUCAUUGAGGAGCGCGCCCUUGCUGUCACUGAGCUUGGCUCUGCGCUGAAGUUUGAGACAGAUGAGCCUCACUUUGUGAGUCUUGGCGGAGGGCGGCUCAGUAUUGGCGUGACGCUGUGUCCAAUCAAAAGAGGAAAAACAGUUAUCGGUGUUGCAACAGAGACAUGCAAACCCGACAUUCAACUAAGAGGAAAAGGAAUAGAACCAGAGCACUGCACAGUGGAAUAUAAUGGGGAUGCUGUGGUUCUUUAUCCAAAAGCAAAUCUAUGUUCUGUGGAUGGAAUCCCCAUCUCAGAGCCAACGAGACUACCACAAGGUUGUAUGAUCUGCCUGGGAAAGUCUAAUUACUUUCGCUUCAACCAUCCCAGAGAAGCAAAGAGGAUCAAGGAAUCCAACCCUGGAAAUCGAUUCUCUAUCGUUCCGGAUCAGUAUUAUCCUGAUGUUGAACUUGCCAUUGAGCAAUACAAGAGAGAUAAGAAAGAGAGAGACAGACUCGAGAAGGAGAACGAACGUUUGUUGUCCUUGGAAAACGAGUACAAGGAGGCUGUGGAGCGAAUCGAGUUUGAAAAAUCCCAACUUGAAGAAGAACGGCAAAAGCUUCAAGAAAUGGAACAGCAGCACAAAGAAGCUGUUGAUAGCUUCGAAGACGAAAUAGCUGUGCAAAUUAAAGAACUAGAGAGACAGCGAGAGGAGCUACAGCAUUUUGAAGAGGAGAAAGAAAAACUUGCCAUGCUACAAGAAAAGUAUGAAGAGAACGUCAAGAAGCAAGAGCUCGAACGGGCAAACAAGGAAAAGAAACGGCAGCAAGAGUACGAACGAUUGAAGACGAUGAAAGCAAAGUUAGAAGGAGAAGAAGGAACGGAGAAAGAGAGAGUCGCUAUUGAAGAAUUGAGGCAACAACUUGCGCUUCAAGAGUUGAACAGUUUGGAAGAGGAGCUGCAAACUUACGAGAGGCAGCAGCUUGAUAGUGAACUGAUAGAGGAAGAAAGGAAAAAAUUAGACGAGAUGAAGGAACGACAAUCUGUGGUUAUAAAACAGUUGGAAGAAGAACUGAAUGCCCAAAUCAAGAUGUUGAAAGAAGAAAGAGAAAAGGAGAAUAAUAAGAUAGAACAGGAAAAGCAGAGAAUUCAGUUGUUGGAGAAACAACAGCAAGAAGUUUUGAAACAGAUUGAGCUCGAACGACAACGGCUUGACCAAGAACGUGAGGAAGAGAGGAGAAGGCUUCAACAGGAACGCGAGCGAUUGGACAAAUUAGAAGAGGAACGAAUGGAAUUGUUGGAAAAUGCCGCUCGGGAGCAAGAACAAGAGAAACAAAUGAUCGAAUCUGAGAAAAAGCGACUGGUAGAGCUAGAGGAAAAGCACGCACAGGCCAUGAAGGAAAUCGAAGACGCUAUGAUUUCCAAACAGGAUAAAAUGGAACGCGAACGGCAAAUUGAGUUCGAGUUUUUCGAAACUGAGCAACUUUUGUUGGAAGAGUUGGAGCAAAAACAGCGCGAAGCCGCCGAACAGCUGGACCGAGAGCGAGAGAUAAUUCGACAGCAAUUCGAGAAGGAAAGAGAGGAAGAAAGAAAACAGGUUGAAGGUGAACAGAGGCGCCUUCAAGAAUUACAAAUACAACAGCAGGAGACACUGCGGCAAGCUGAAGAAGAAAGGCGACGGCUCCAAGCGGAGCUCAAGAGCCAGCGAGAAUUAAUGCAGAAAGAAAAGUCACGGUUGGUGAAUCUGGAGAAAGAAUACAAGAAGAUCAGAUGCAAUGGCUCUGAAGCGCCUCUGGUUCUUUCUGCGUUAAACAUGCGAGAUAUAUCGCAGCUUGGAAAAGGUUGCUCGCUUGAGGAGAGGAAACAACGCCUGGAGGAAGAGAAAAGACGAUUAAUUGAGUUGAAGAAAGAAGCGGAAAACUUGCAUGCCAAACAGCAAGAGAGCGGUGAUAGCGGGAGCAGUGGGGACGAAAGAGCUAAAAACCAAACGGCCAAAAAGCUUCAACGCGAAAAGGAACGAAGGGUUCAACUCGAGAAACAAUUGGCUGAACUGCAGCAGAAAAACAACAACACGGCUGUCGCAGACGAUGGUCAGAAAGUGAAAGAGCUUGAACAAGCUCUUGGAAUGGAACGCUCGAGAAGACAGGAGAUGGAAAGAAUUCUAUCGGAGAAACAAAAACAGGAAGAACUCGAAAGGGUUGCAGCGGCGGAGAGAGCUCGGAAAGAGAUGAUGACAGAGAAAGCUAUUCAAGAGAGGCUUCCUGCCAAGGUCAAAAAUGGAACAUCACACCAUGACAAUAACGACCUCAAUCUCGUCCAGUACUUGGUUUCAACAGGUCACGUGCUAGAAAACUGUCCAUCAGUGCGCGUCACAGCGCAUGCGUGCAAAGGAUACCUGUCAAAACUGGGAGGAAAAAUCAUCAAGUCAUGGAAAAAGCGCUGGUUUGUGUUAGACAGACAGAAACGUGCCCUGUGUUACUACUCCGAUGAACAUCAACGUGUGCCUAAGGGAAUCGUUUACUUCCAAGCCAUUCAAGAUGUGUACGUAGAUUUGCCCAGUUCACACAAGAGCUCGUCUACAAGGACUACUUUUUGCGUUAAGACCCCUCAAGAAACUUAUUGCGUGGCCGCGCCAAGUGGCCUGGCCAUGAGUAUUUGGAUUGACGCUAUUCUCACGGGUCGGGAGGGGGCUGACUUUUACAACUAAGGGAGCCAUCCCUUGUUUAUUAUUUCAUUUCUGUGGGGGAAGGGAGGGGAGAGAUGUGUUUUUUGUUUUUUUGGUUUUUUUGGUUUUGAACGAUCCGUAAUAAUUCUUUACUGUUAAGUUGGGUUCAUUUUUUUUUCAGUUUAGUUUUAAAGCAUUUUAAGGGCAGUCAGUGAGAAAGUAAUGUUGGCUGAGCUUCAGGCUUCAGCUAUAAUGAUAAAUAAUCCAACCGAUUUUGCCUUUAGUAUUUCAAAUAGGUGUUAAAAAGUAUAUGGUAUCUGUUUCUGUAGACUCCACGAUAAGAUAAGUUAAAUAAACGUUUAAAAUUUAAGGGCCCAGGUAAAAGAGAUAUUCAACUUCAUUUAACUUAACAGUAAACGAGAGGCAGGUUAUUUUUAGUAUUGUUUUAUGGUAAAAAUUAUUUUACCUCGAGUUGUGUUAUAAGUAACGGAAAUGUACUUCUGAUUAUAUGAUAUUAUUUUAUAUACAUGAAAUAUCUAGGGUCCGUAAUAUUGAGCAAUAAUUAUCAAGUUGUAAUUAGUAAUUUUGAAAACUCGAUGUUACGCACGCGUCAAGUGGAAGGAGUGAUUGGUUCAGUGUAGGACACUUCAAAGGGUUGUAUAUAGACAGAAAACCUGAGUGAAACCUGUCCUUUGCUGGCAACUAUGGUGUAUUGCAGAAAAUGACUUAAAAAGGUUUUUUCGGAAGGUGACUUUUUGACGUUUGACUUUUUCAGGGCGUAUCAAUUUUUGAAGAUAAUUUUGCAGCUUGGGGCCUUGGUCCCUAGAGUUAAGAAAGGGCGAAAGAUUUUUCGGAAAUUCCGAUUAAUUUCUGCAACAAACUUUAUUGAAAGCAGCUUGAAGAAAACACACGUAAGUUGAUUAGUUUGCUCAAUAAUCUUGUCAGAAAAUAGGAGACUUUCUCGGGACAAUUGCACGACAGAUAUCAAUGAAGCUUGGCGAUUGAACGUCAUAUCCGAGUGUAUCACUUGACUUGAUUAAUCCAAUGGCGCCUUGCAGAUUGGCAGGUUUAAAAACGUUAGAAAGACUUAGCCCUUUGUUCUAACUCCCGUCUUCUUAUGCACCGCAAUUUAGACCGAUGUUCUCCGUAAUGCAAACUUAAGAUAUUAAAAAACAUCCGAGUUUCGAUAUUCCUAUUUUUAUCCAAUUUAAUGGCCUCCUCUAAAGAAGUUUCUGCCAGAUUCUUCCUCAUACUGAAACAUACUGAUUUUACAGAUAUUUUUGUAAUGCAUAUGGUGUUAGUAAAGGAAAGUAAUAUAACGUGAAAAGGUGUAAGGUGUUAAAGUUGUUGUAUUGAAUUAUACGCCAAACCAAAGAUACAUUGUUAACUGAAGAUCAAAAAGCGUUUCUAUCGGAGUCACUGUUAGAGUUUGUACCUUAAACUGUUCUUUUGAAAUCUCCGGAUUUAGAAAUUACGUUUACCAAAUAAAGUUGCCUCGAACGGCAUGUGUGUAUUCCU